CGGGCGCUCUCGCGAGAUCGGCGCGCUCGGGGCCUCCGCUUCCGGCGGCGGGAGCGGUGCAGAGUCAGCGGCGGCGGGGGCGGAACCGGCACCGGCACCGGCACCAGGAUCCGGCCUCGGAGCCAGCGCCGCCGUCACCAUGGGCAACAUCUUCGGGAACCUGCUGAAGAGCCUGAUCGGCAAGAAGGAGAUGCGGAUCCUCAUGGUGGGGCUGGACGCUGCUGGCAAGACCACCAUCCUCUACAAGCUCAAACUGGGCGAGAUCGUCACCACCAUCCCCACCAUCGGCUUCAACGUGGAGACGGUGGAGUACAAGAACAUCAGCUUCACCGUGUGGGACGUGGGCGGGCAGGACAAGAUCCGGCCCCUCUGGAGGCAUUACUUCCAGAACACCCAGGGGCUGAUCUUCGUGGUGGACAGCAACGACCGGGAGCGGGUCAACGAGGCGCGGGAGGAGCUGAUGCGGAUGCUGGCGGAGGAUGAGCUCAGGGACGCCGUCCUCCUCGUCUUCGCCAACAAGCAGGACCUGCCCAACGCCAUGAACGCAGCGGAGAUCACGGACAAGCUGGGGCUGCACUCCCUGCGCCACCGUAACUGGUACAUCCAGGCCACCUGUGCCACCAGCGGCGACGGGCUCUACGAGGGCCUCGACUGGCUCGCCAACCAGCUCAAGAACAAGAAAUGAGGGGGGGUCUCCUCUGUGCCCCCCCCCCCGGGCCAUGCCAGGGCCCCCCCCCGGCCGCCCCCUCCCCGCCCCGGUUGGGUUUUGCUUUCUUCUGGCACCGGUUGCUGUGGGGUUUUUUCGCCUUUUUUUGGGGUCCCCCUGGUUCCCCUCGGAUCUCGUGUGUGCGUGCGUGGAAUUAGAGCUCUAUAUAACGCCCAGGGGGGGGCAGGGGCAGAGCCCUGGCAGGGUGGGAUGGGGGCUGGGGGCAGCCACCUCAGCACUGCCCUGCCUUGGGGGGGGGACCAGGGACACCCCGUGCCCAUGCAUGUCCCCUCCUGCACCCCUCGCCUUCCUCUGGACCAAAUGUGGGGGCAGCAGGGCCGUGGGGAGGGGGGGGGGAUUGGGAUUCUACACCUCCUCCACCCUCCCAGCACCCCCUCCCAGCCCUGUUUGCCCCCCCCCCGGGCAUUCCACACGUCCCCCUCCAUGUCACUUCGAGGCAGGUCUCCUUCCCGCAGCGUGACCCUCGCAGAGGUGGCA